CACAAAUGGCCUAUACAGUAUUUAAUAUCUGUGCUGAAAUAUAUAAGAGACUGCACUAUCUCUGGUGGAGACUUCUCCAAGUUCGAUUAUGAUACAAUUAUAAUGGAAACAAAAAAUAAUAAUAAUAUGCACAAUUGAUAAUACAUAUUUUGUUUUUAAAUACAAAUCGCAAUAAUUUUACUUAGAAAAUCGCAUAAUAUACGUUUUAAGGCCGUCGACCCAUUGUUAUAAUGAGUAAUCGAAUGUGUUGUGUCGUGGACUGUCAUAAUACUUAUAAAAAUACGAGAAGCAAAGGUGUGGUCUUUUAUACUUUCCCAAAUAAAAAACAUGAACUACACAUUAAAAAACUUUGGAUUCAAGCUAUUAGGCGUGUUAAUGAAAAUGGUGAUGUUUGGGAACCAAUUCGAAGCAGUCUAAUUUGUAGUUCUCAUUUUGUUGAGAAUAAAUGUUCGAAAGACCCAAAGAGUCCUUCUUUUGUUCCGACAAUAUUUCCAGAAAUAUACAAAAAAAAAUCAUCAAACCAUCAUCAACAAACAGCUAGGUAUAAGCGAAAUCGUAACCGCCAAGGAAAUAAUGACACGAUUGUUACUAAUAAUAUUGACAAUAUUGAACCCUCGAUUGAACCUAACAUAAGUAAUGAUAAUAUAAAAUCUGUUCGUAAUGUUAGCACUCAAGUAGCAUUUGCAGUUAAUGACAUAGAUUUAUUCACUUUUGAUUGUUGUUUCAUUGAUAGCAAUAAUGCUAAGACACAAGUUUCUAUGCCAUAUAAAUUUAAUUCUUAUACUCUUGGUAGGCCUACAACAAGAGAUCAGUCUUGUGGUCUAGACAAUACAGAUCAAUUAAUAAUUAAAUCUUUUUGUAACUAUGAAUCUGUUAUGAAUGAAUCACAACUAAAGAGUUUAACUGGGACAUCAUUUCAAGUUUUUCAAUUAUUACUGAAAUUCAUUCCAGAAUCAUCACAUAACACUGUAACAAGAGAAAACAUACUAUUUAUCUUUUUAAUGAUAAUUAAACUUGAUAUAUCAUAUUCAGCUAUAGGUACAUUUUUUAACAUAAGUUGUUCAACAGUUAGUAGAAUAUUUAAUGAUUGUUUACAUCGUUUGUCAAUUAAAACUAAAAACUUAAUUGUUUGGCCAGAUAAAAGUACUAUUUCAGCAACAUUACCUGAAUCAUUUAAAAUAAAUUAUCCUAAUUUCCGAUGUAUUAUUGGUUGUACAGAAAUACAAACUGAACAACCUAAUACAGUACAACAAAGGGUAUAUUUGUACUCUAGGUACGAACGUUGUUACACUAUUAAAAUUUUAGUGGCAAUAACACCAAAUGGUAUAAUACGUUUUGUAUCUGAUUGCUAUGGAGGAAGUAAAAGUAAUUCAAUAAUUACAAAUGAUUGUGGUAUCCUUUCAAAAUUGGAAUUGGGAGAUAUUGUAUGUGCGGAUGAAGGAUUUCCUGGUAAUGAAGCUUCUUGUGAAAAUUCUAACGGCAAUUUAGUAAUAUCUCCAAUUUCGCACCAGGGUAGGUUCACUAAAGAUGAAGUUAUGAAAACCCGUAAUACUGUAGCUAGUGAGAUUGAGACAGUGUUUUCUAGACUUAAAACACACAGAAUACUAAAUAAAAUAUCCAUUGAUUUAAUGCCAGUGAUUGAUGAAAUAAUUCAUAUUUGUUGUGUAUUAACUAAUCUUCAAUUGCCAUUAUUAGAGAAAUAAUUUUAAGUUAUAAUAAUAAGUUUAUUUGUAAAUAAAGAGUAUAAUAAAUAUUUAUAUUGUAAGUACAGUUUUUUACAUAUUAUGUAUAACAAUGUAAUAGCACAGCUUAUAUGUUUGAAUAAUAAAAAUUAAACCUGCAAUGUAUUAGUAUUUAUUUAAUUUGACAAUGAACUUACUUUGACUAUAAGUUUAAUC